CUGAGAAGAUCGCAGGUUGUAUACUCUUAUAUGAAAAGGAAAAGUGGAGGAAAAGUGCGCUUAGUAAACAUUCCGCUGAAAAAAACAGUAUAUGGGCGGUACACCUGCAAGACUGAAGACAGUCUGACAGAAGACAGGAGCUGGAAAAGUCAUGAAAAAGAGAAGUAAAACUACAGAGCAGCAUGAGCUCACUGAAAGUCCACAGGAACAGACUGAGAAACUGCGCGAAAAGAAGGAUAAGAGGAGAAAAAUCAAAACUGAAUCUGAUGAUAAUCUGCAAACACAUACAGCCAAAAAGAAGAGGAGAAAGCUGGAUAAUGAAGGCGAGACUUCAGUGAUGGAUGAUGGUGUCUCAAAUCAACAUGAAGCACAAACACAAGAGCUCCAGUGUUCAAGGGAAGAGACGUAUUCUAAAAGAAAGAAAAAGAGAGAAAAGCUGAAACAGACAAACCGUGAAGACAUGACAAAAGAAGAACAGACUGAAAUCAAGACAGAGCAUGGGGAAGAGCCAAACACGAGAGAUGAGGAAAGCGACCCGCCUGGUGUGGUGAUUGGUACUAGAAAACGCGCAUCAAAUGAUGAAACUAUGGUUGAUUCAAAGUCCCUCGACGAACUGAAUGAAUUUUGCCCUAAAAUCACUUUAGAAUCACGAAGCGUACAAGAUAUCAAUAAAAUGAUCAGGUAUGACCUGCCAAGGUUCAAAGAAUUCAGAAAACAAGGGAUCGCACUGAGACAUGGAAGAUUUUCUGAAGCAGAAAAUAAGAGGUUAAGACAGAACGUAAGCGACUUUCUGGCUCUCACACAAGUGAAUGAUGCUAUCAGGCUCUUUCAUCCCAAACGGUUCCCAAACAAGGCCAAGAAACUGGCAAAGUUAAAAAGGAAGUACAGGUUUUUUGAAAGGAUUGCGGAAGGAAUUCCCAGGCCUUGUCAUGAUGUUUUCACUCGUGGAACGAAGAUUUAUGAUGAUAAAAACUACAAGGGAAACUUUACUGAAGAAGAAGAAAAAUCACUGCUAAAGUAUCAUAGACGAUAUGGCAAGCACUGGCAAAAGAUUUCUGUAAAGACAGAUCGAAGUUCUUACUCCCUUGAGAAACGGUUUUCACACCUUAGUAAAAUAAAGGGACCGUGGACAACAAAGGAGGUGCAGAGGCUUUUAAGAGCUGUGCGUGAUCAUGUUGUAUCUGUGCUGAAAUCUGCAAACCCUAAAAAAAAGAGACCGAAAAGAGUCAGUAGAGAAAUACUGUACCAAAAAUUGCCCUGGACCACAAUUGCUAAGCAGGUGAAAACUCGAUGCUGGACCAAAUGCAGAGAUAAAUGGAUGUCUAUACUUGCCACACGGAUGUCCUCAGGAAUUACAUUUAAAGGAAGGAUGGCUCAGGAGGCCAAAAUCAGACUCAUUAAGGCAAUGUAUGAAAUGCAUGUGGAGGAUGUUGUGGAUGUUGACUGGGAGGAUCUGACAGCGGUUUUUGGGGAUGUGCCUCCAGCAUAUGCUCAAUUAAGAUGGCGCCAUCUUAAAGCCCGCUAUGUGCCAGAUUGGAAAAACAAGUGUUUUGGAGAGAUUGUUUCCUUUCUCUAUGAGAAGACUCUGCCAGGCCUGCUUUUAAAAUGUGAAUACCGUGAUGACAGUAACCUCAAGCUAGAGCAGAGGCAGCGGUUCCGGCUUUCAAGAAUUUUUCAGGACAUUAAUGAGGAAGAUUGCUGUGACAGUGAUGAAGAGACUGGCCAGCAGGAGAGCAAUAGCUUAACUUAAUCAACUGUGAGCCAUCAGUGUAUAUAUUUCAGAUAAAUCUAGUUUCAAGAUGUACAUAUCAGUUAAUUGAGCAGUAAAUAAACAGAUUUUUAUA